CAUUGAAGAAAGGUAUGUGGGCGUAAGCAAAUAAAAUAAAGACUGUGACACAGACUAUGGGUCACGCAUCGUUCACUCGUGACAAGGCUGUGCUGACAAAGCAUAAGUAAGAGGUAACAUUUUCCUUCUUCACCGGUGACUCAAGAAGCUGUCGGCUCGCGCGCUCCUCUGUUUGUCCGAUUGUUUUCCCUGUAACAACUGGACAAUGACGUUCCUGGACACCAUAUCUUCUAACUCCGCAUCAGGGAUAUUCCUCACUCUAGCAGCUGGGGCAGCGUUAAAAUACGCCAUCGGUUAUUGGGUUCAAUACAACCGUCGGAAUCAACUGAGACGGGUCGGAACGGUGGCAGCUCUAUAUGUCUACCCUGUGAAAUCCUUCCGGGGACUGAGUGUUACACAGGCUGACUGCACACGCUUAGGGCUCAUGUACAAGGGUCUAACCGACAGGCACUGGGCAGUGUCCAUGACAAAAAAUGUGUACUUAACACAGCGCCAGCUGCCCUCCAUGGCUCUGAUUGAGCCAAGCAUUCAUGGCGACAUAAUGCACCUGGACGCACCGGGGAUGUCAACGCUUAAAGUACCCCUGAACCCACGGGUUACGCCUGAUAUGGUCAAGAAAAUCACCGUAAAGACGGAUACCAUAGAUUCCUUAGACUGUGGUCCCGAGGCUGCCCAGUGGUUGUGUAAGUACUUCAACAGGGACGGCCUUACACUCCGGUUUUCUGCGCCCACCCUUGAGAAGAGAGACUCCUACAAUGCCCAGAAGUUAUGGAACCAUCCGGCGUUAGUGGGAGAUCUGACAGCGUUGUCAGACUACUGUUCCUAUAUGAUUCUCUCGAACGCUUCCUUGAGAGAACUCAACACCAGGCUGGCUAAACCAGUGCCAAUCCUCAACUUCAGAGCCAACAUAAUCGUGGACGACUGUGAAUCCUUUGCAGAGGAUGACUGGAAGGAGGUACGCAUUGGUCAAGCUGCACUUCGGACGCUGGACGCCUGCACGCGCUGUAUUCUGACAACUGUUGACCAACUGAAAGGUGUCAAAGACAAAGACGAAGAACCUCUUAAAACGCUGAGAACAUUCCGUAAGAAGGAGCCCUAUGGGGUGAAACCGGCCUUUGGUGUGAACGCAACGUACAUCGCGUCAGGCGUGGUCCGGGUUGGGGAUCCGAUAUACGCUCUUUAGAUUUAUGUUUCCAUGUCAAAGGAUGUUUAUCUAACAUCCGGACAAAACAGGACUAUGCAAACCAUACCAAUAGAACAACCGAUACAUGUCCUUUCACGCUUAUAGUUUGGGCCGAAUAUACUACCAACAAAGAUAUGGAGACUGAUGAUAGUGAAAGUGUAAUGACCAUCAAUGUAUGCAACAUGUAGACGUGUAGAUCCAUUCCUGCUAAUAAUUCUAGCAGGAGACAUAAUUUCGUCAACAUACCGCUUGAUAGUGAAAUGUACAUCCACACUAAUCGUGUCAGUUCGCCUGUCAUGUGUGAUAUCGCCCCACACCAUUGCACUAUCGCCGGCAUUCCGAUCUUGGCCAAAUACUGUUGUCCUUGAUGUUGCUCGUUGCUACGUCGCCAACAACGUUUUCUGCCAUCUGUGAAUAGGUAAAAACAUCCCUUCCCUUUAACAGAACUGUUCUCACUUUCGAGAAUCUACACUUUCUUUUUUCCCGAACGACCCGUGAAGAUCCGGGUUAGAAUAGGUCUUCAGCAACCCAUGCUUGUCGUAAGAGGCGACUAACGGGAUCGAGUGGUCAAGCUCGCUGACUUGGUUGAUACAUGUCAUCGUAUCGGACUUGUAUAGAUCGAUGCUCAUGCUGUCAGUCACUGGACUGUCUGAUCCAGACUAUUUAUAGACUGUACUCAUGUACCUGGAAGAUUGUUAUGUGCGGCGUUAAACAACAAAGAUAUACUGUCUCGGAGGCAUUUUAAGCCUUUCAUUGUUCCCCAACGGGUGUCCAUACUUUGAAUUCUGUCUGCACAUACAUCACACGCUGUUCAGGAAUGAUGAUAUUUCAUUGUGAUUAGAUGGUGCGUUCAGCUGUCCCGGUAUUGUAAAUGUACAUUAACAACAACUACAUUUCAAUGAUUUGUUGCCUUAGUUUUUGUUGGUAGUAUAUAGCUGCAACUGCCUAUUGUGUAUUGUUAGCUGUUAUAGGUCUCUACUGUCCUGCUCCUCAUUUCGUUAGAAACACAUACUGUCAGAUUUAUAGCCCUCUUCUAAAUCUGUGAUAUAUUGCCGUAUUAAACAAUUUUACCUGUCCUUCGCUUAGUGUAUAAUGAUUCUUGUGGACGCCAUUUUGUUUUACAAAACCGGAAUGAGGUUUCGUUUAAGAAUCCUUGUUAACGUCAGCUUUCUAUGAAAUGUACGUCUCAGGUGAUGACCACCUCAGCCAAGUAGUGACAAGUAGAUCAGAUUUACAAUGGACAAAUGAUGAUGGG